CCUCAGUGGGAGGGGCCUGAGUGGCUUCUGCUCCUGUUUCCCCAGCUGGUUCCGAGCUCAUUACAAGGUACCCGGGAAACCAUCACGGGAGGCAGCGCACAGGGACCGACUGGGAGGCAAAAAUGACAAGAAAACGGGGAAUGAGAGAACUGAGGGAAGCUGGGGAGCAAUUCCUACAGUAUCUGAAAGACACCCAGAGAGCUGGCGUUACUAAUAAAGUCGAGCUGAAAGUUAUUUAUGAGGAAUUUAAGCAGAGAGAUGCUCAGAAGAAACCAAAUUUUUCCUCUGCUAUGUAUGGCCUUAAAGUCUCGGGAAGGGCUUAUGUGAAGAAGACUACAAUAACAUUCUAUGAUGAGGGUGUGAGUAAAAGAUGGCCGCCUCUGACAGAUCAGUACUUUGUUAUGCGUAAGAAUAAGAGGCCUGAACCCGAGCAACCACUGAAUAAUGGAAACAUCUACACCAGAUCAGAAGCACGGAGAAUCUCUAAAUGGAUUAGCAACAACAGAUCUCAAUUCCUUGGGAAGAAUGACAUUCACAUUUCUUCAGACCAUGAUCAUAGCGAAGGCCGUAUCCGUUUUAAGUGCAUGCUUGAUGAAGAGUUUAUUUUCCCAGUUCGGGUUGAGAAUAAAUCAGCUAAGCCUGUGAGCUUUAUCCAGUACUCACCACUUCAGAGAAUGAAUGUCUUCUCGUUUAGCGAUGCACAAAAUGUGUCCAAAACGGCCCCUUUAAUUCUAAACCCAGGGGACAGUUAUGAGAUUCGUUGUUGUUGCAUACCAGCCUAUUAUGGAUAUUACCCUGUCACUUUGGUAUGUGAGUUCAUGACAGAGAAUGACACCUCCAGUCGGUCAGUUGCUGGUAGAUUUAUAUCAGCUGUAUGUACCAGUAAGUUGGUGGAUGAGCUUAAACCAACAUCUAAAUAUGUUCCAUAUCAAAAAGACCUCCUUAAGCCAUCUGAGAGAAUUGAAGAAGAUGGAUUUCACCUUGACUAUGAAAGGAAUUCAUUACUAGAAAUGGAAAUCCCUCUAGGACAAUUCCCUCCACCUCAACAUGUAAGGGACAGCAUUAGCGCAGGUGUAAUCUCCAACAAUGUAGAUGGUAAAAGACGUACAAGAAACCAAGACAGAGAUCUACUGAAUAAUCACUUGGACUUUAAUAAUUACAAGAAAUUCCAUCUACUUUUGUACCUUGAGGAGAUACAAAUGGAGAUUGACAUCAGAAAAUAUGAUCAACGGGACCUGAAAAUGGAGGUGGAUCCAAAUAACAAAAGGCUCCUAACCUUAAAAGUUCUUGGCGUAGCUGAAAACAGGCCUUCUGUGCUGAAAGGAGAUCACCUCUUUGCGACAUUCUCUGAUGAACGAGACAAGCCUAGAAUAAUCAGCUACAAAGGUUAUGUACAUGGAGUAGAACUGGAGAGAGUUAAACUUGGCUUUUCUCAAAAAUUUAGGGAUAUGUUCCUUCCCGGCAUGUGCUUCGAUAUCACUUUUACAUUUUGUCGCCUACCAUUGAGAGUCCUACACCGAGCUGUGGAUCUAGUUAAGGAGAAUAGCUUAAAAGAAAUCAUUUUUCCAACAGGUUCUUACGACAAGUGCAUGAUUGAUGUGGGAAAACUGUGCCUCUAUGACCGAAGCCUUGAAAGUAACCAAGAACAGUGCAGUGCUGUAAACCAUAUUUUGAGCGGAAAGUCUAGGCCUGCUCCAUAUAUAAUCUUUGGCCCACCAGGAACUGGGAAAACUGUUACAUUAGUAGAAGCAAUCAAACAGGUUCUGAAAUUAAUCCCUGAUGCCCAUGUACUUGCAUGCGCUCCAUCAAACAGUGCCUCAGACCUACUCUGCGAGCGCCUUCUGAAACAUGUGAACCCCAAGGAUAUUUAUAGGAUAAUGGCCUUGAGCAGAGACAUUCGUACAGUACCAGAAGAUAUCAAGAUUUGCACUAAUUUGGACAGCAGUAGAAAGAAUUAUAUCUACCCUUGUAAACAAGAACUGAAGAAAUACAAAGUUAUCGUUUCAACACUUUUAACCUCUUCAAGGCUAGUUGGUGCAAACUUCCCUCAUGGUCAUUUUACUCAUGUCUUUAUCGAUGAAGCUGGCCACGCUGUGGAACCUGAGUGUGUGACAGCCAUUGCAGGAAUUGUGGAUGUGAUGGAUAGGCAAACUAAAAACUACGGAGGACAAGUAGUCCUGGUUGGUGACCAGCAACAGCUUGGGCCUGUACUGCGAUCUCCAGUGGCCAUAGAACAUGGACUAGGUGUUUCCUUCCUGGAAAGACUGAUGACACAGAAUCCUCUCUACAGUAAGAAGGAUGGGAAGUAUAACCCACAGUUUGUCACUAAGUUGUUGAAAAACUAUAGAUCCCAUCCAAGCAUUCUGAAGAUUCCAAAUGAGUUAUUUUAUGAUAAUGAGCUCCAGGCAGUUGCAAAUGAAUUGAUCACACACUCCUACUGCAAAUGGGAAACGCUUCCAAAAAAGGACUUUCCAAUUAUCUUCCAUGGUGUGUUGGGUGUUGAUGAACGUGAAGAAAAGAGUCCAUCUUUCUUCAACUGUAUUGAGAUUCAAGAGGUUAUAUCUUAUCUUGAGAAACUGCUGAAGACACAAGGCAAGAAAGGAUUGGCUAAGAUCUCCCCAAAAGAAAUUGGCAUCAUCUCUCCUUACAGGAAGCAGGUAGAAAAAAUUAGCAAAGCUGUUCAUAAGACAUUUGCACACAUUCCUAAUAUUAAGGAUUUAAAGAUUGGCUCCGUGGAAGAAUUUCAAGGCCAGGAGCGAAAAGUUAUCAUUGUAUCUACAGUUCGUAGCAGUAAAGAGUUUGCCACUUUUGAUGAAAAUUUUAGCCUUGGUUUUGUGAAGAACCCUAAGAGGUUUAAUGUUGCGAUUACAAGAGCUAAAUCACUCUUGAUUUUAGUUGGGAAUCCGCUAAUACUUGGCCAGGACCCCUACUGGUCUCAGUUUUUGAACUAUUGCUAUGAAUCUGGAGGUUCCAGAGGCUUUCAUCUGGAUUCCAAAGAUCUGGAUGAGAAUGUUUUAGAAAUGUUCAGCCAAAUGAAUCUUGAUAGUCCUCCACCAGGAGAAGAGACUGGAGAGAGCUAUUUGCAGCAGCAAGUUCAACCAGCUUGGAGGCAUGACCACUAAAUUCAACAUUUUUCUACAGUAUGACGACUCAUUCACACAGAAAAACGUGCAUUUCCUUUGUCUUAUAUUUCUUAGCUGGCUAAAUGAAAACUAUAAGGCUGAACUUUCUUGUCUCUUUCCCCUCACUGGUAAAUCAGUCACAGACAUCUCUAAGCAGUAGUAAAUAUUAACAGAGCACAAAUUGUUUCUUUGUCUUGUGGGAUGCCAAAAAGCAAGAGUGAUUUGUACCUGCGUAGGAAACAAAACACUCAAAAAUACCUUUGUUUUGAAGAUACUUAUGAUAUGUGGUAUCCUUGCCAGUAGAACCACGGUAUCUCACUGAAAUACAGAAGGAAGCUUUUUUAUACAGUGCAAUUCUUCUGCCAAGGAUACAGCAAUUCCUGUUCUUUUUAAUGGAAAGGUUUUUUCUGUUUGUUUUUCAAUAGCUGGCUUCUAGCCUUAAUCUUAAUUUUGGUGACAGUUUAGAGAUCAGUGAAAUAUCCUUCAUAUGCAAUAAAGUGCUUUUUUUUCUUUUCAGACAUUUGUGUUUCUUAUAUUCCAUUUGACAGGGAUUUUUUUUGUUUACUUAAAUGAAUCAAAAUUAGGGGACUUAUAGGAGCUUUAAAUGACUAAGGAAACCAAGUAUACAGUCUUUUGUACCUUUACAGUAUAAUGUCUGCUCCACAAAACAUAUAAUAAAAAGCAAUAAGAAAUUA